UAUUUCUCUUUUCUCUCCGUCUGGCUUUCAGAGAUCAUGAAUCCAUCCAAUCCCGCCUGGCCCGGUCAACCACCAAAUCCCGCUUGGCCCGGUCAACCACCAAAUCCCGCUUGGCCCGGUCAACCACCAAAUCCCGCCUUGGCCGGCCAACCAGCCAUUCCCGUCUGGCCCGGUCAGCCAAACCAACCAGCUCAACCAACAUGGCCUGGUCAGCCCGGACAGCCUGGAGCUCCAGGGUGGCCUGGACCUGUUCCACAAACAGCUCCUUACGUUGCUCCUGAGCCACCAAGACCACUAACUGUUCCAUAUGAAUUGCCUCUAGUCAAUGGAGCACAUAACAAAAUGCUCGUCACCAUUAAUGGAGAUGUACAGCCCAAUGCUAAACUUAUCACUAUUGAUCUAAAGAAAGGCAACGACAUUGCACUUCAUUUAAACCCUCGCUUUGAUGAAGGUGGGCAGCAAGUGUUUGUGAGAAACAGCUGUAUCGGAAACCGCUGGGGACAAGAAGAGAGACAAAUCACAUCAUUUCCCUUCGUUAAAGGAAAGCCUUUUGAGCUGAAGAUUUUAUGCACUUCCACUGAAUUCAAAGUGGCUGUAAACAAAUCUCACCUUCUGGAAUACAAACAUCGUGUUCGUGACCUCAACCAGAUCAACGCUCUUAGAAUCUACAAUGACGUCACCCUCCGAUCUGUUAAUGUGGAGACACUGGCUUUUGAAAGAUAUAGAGAUACGCCCAUAUUAUGGGAAUACUGGGAAGGAUUUCAGGGGCGUGGGAGCUUAUUCAUGAUCACCUCCUGGAAUUCUCGUCUCCUGUCUUUUUGCAGUCUGUGUGUGUGCCAUCAACAACGCCAAAAAACAGGUAUCAUGAAUCUUUCAGAUGCUCUUGAUGAUUUUCCAAAUCAAAACAACCAAGCUGGAGGUCCUAUAUGGCCCGGCCAACCGGCCAAUCCCACCUGGCCCGGCCAACCGGCCAAUCCCACCUGGCCCGGCCAACCGGCCAAUCCCACUUUGCCAGGCCAACCGGCCAAUCCCACCUGGCCCGGCCAACCAAAUAUGCCUGCCUGGCCCGGUCAGCCAAACCAACCAGCUCAGCAAACCUGGCCAGGUCAGCCCGGACAGCCUGGAGCUCCAGGGUGGCCUGGACCUGUCCCACAAACUGGCCCAUAUGGAGUUCCAGAGCAACCUUUAAAGCCUCUGACUGUGCCUUUUGACAUGUCUUUAACCAAUGGAGCAUAUAACAAAAUGCUCCUCACAAUAAAUGGAGAAGUCAAGCCCAAUGCUAAACAAUUCACUAUUAAUCUAUAUAGAGGCAAAGACAUUGCACUUCAUUUAAACACUCGCUUCAAUGAAGAAGGGAAGAAAGUGAUCGUGAGGAACAGUUUGAUUGCAAACCAAUGGGGACAAGAAGAGAGACAAUACCCCUCCUUUCCUUUUGUUCAAGGAAAGCCUUUUGAGAUGAAGAUUUUAUGCACUGACACUGAAUUCAAAGUGGCUGUAAACAAAUCUCACCUUCUGGAAUUCAAACAUCGUGUUCGUGAGCUCAACCAGAUCAAAAGUGUCGCUAUCUAUAAUGAUGUCACCCUAAAAUCUGUUAAUGUGGAGACCGUGCAAUGAGGUCAUACUGUAUUUCCAGCAUAGUCUAGUUAUCUGUGUAUUGACUUACAUGUGUAUGUGCCAACUCUUCAAAUAACCAUUAUUAUUUUUUAAACUAUGCAUGUCAUGUCAUGUAUGAAUUUCUACUUAGUCAUUUGACUGAAUAGUUAUUCAAGGUACAUUUUAUUAUGCGAUCACAAGCAUGUUGCGAUUAUGGCUAUUGUAUGAUGCAUAAAUAAUACAUGAGA